GUAACCAACUGGAUAACAUACUGCUGUAAUGACCUGCUUAACUUUUAAGAUGAAGAGGCAACUGCUAGUGUUGCUGCUAGUUGAUGUUACUGCAGGUGUUUAUCUGCCAACCAAAGAAACUUCAUCGCUGCAAGCAAGUGCCAGUGCAUUGUUUCUAGUUUCUAAUAGUCAACUGCCUGUGAGGCACACUGUUGACUCCCUACAAGAAAACUUAGCUUCAGAAGUGAAACAAGGCUCUAUUGACAGUGAUGGAAUUUCAGCACCUAAUAAAGAAAUUCACAGGAUUAAGACUCGAUCUAGCAGUUCUGAUGGUGUAGGUAGAACUGUUACUGACUUUGUCUUCCCCAUUAAGCCCACUGCUUUCAUUCCAAAGCAGGAUGUGAAGAAUUGUUCUGUAGGUGGUACAGACUUGUGUGUCUCAAAUGUUUGGGAUUAUCCUCAUCGUUAUAUUGAAAGGCUACUGGAGAACAAAACAUCACGUUUCCAAAGCUAUUUUACAGAUGAUAUUGUACAUGUUGCAACAAGAUUUGAUUCAAGUACUGAUGAAGAGCUCACAUGUGAUGCCGAGGAAACAAUACUUUAUCCUAAAUUUGGCAAAACAGCUGAUAAUGAGAUGCUGUUCAUUAUUAAUACGGAUGAUAAGUACAGGCAAGGGAUAAGAGUAGAAAAAUGUAAGAAAACUGGUGAAUCACCAUGUAAUCCAAAGCUAGAAGUCCCGUCUGGGUACAGAACAUACUGCAAGCAGAAAUACAUUUACAGGAAGCUACUGGCCCUGCAUCCAAAUGGCGAACCAGCACCCGAUAAUUUUAAAAUUCCCUCAUGUUGCAGCUGCUUUAUUUCAAAAGAAACUGAGUAGUGACAAUGUUUCAUUACUGUCAAAGUAAAGAUAAGCGUGUAAAUAAAAAGUUAUGUAUUGUACUGAAUAAUGUAAUAUAGGUCAGUUGAGAGAAUGUCAAACGCUAUUGUUUCCUUUUCCUAUAGAUCUAAUGUAUUUUGCUAAGAAAGGAAAGAAAGAGAUGGCUAAGAGUGUCUCAACAUAAAUGUAUUUUGGUGGUACUGACUUCCAAUCUUCCAUAAGAAUGAAAAAGUAAUUUUCUAAGUAAUGGAAAAAAAAAUCAUAUUGUGUGCUGAAUUUGAAUUGAUGUAACUGAAGCUUCAUGUGCACUUACAAAAUAUCAAGUGGAAAUAUAUACCAUUUUUCUGGUUGUUGCUGACAUGGUGCAAACGAAUGUCCCUUAACAAAUGCUUCAUCUCCUCCAGUUAGGUAUUAACAACUGGCAUCCAUGGAUUGCUUUCACUUAGCACCAACAAAAAAACAAAUCUUUAUCGAUAAAGAUUGACUAAUUAUAUACAUAAGAGAUUUUUAAUGUUCUAUGUAAUUCUAUUUCUUGUGUUUUGAAAUUAUGUGUAUAUUGAUAGACUGGAAUAUUGAAAUGAAGUUUUAGAUAUAUAUUUUUUAAAGGUAAACUGUUCACUGUGAUAAACCAGUAAGUUAAAUAAAUACAAAAUAUCAGAGUUUGUAAAGCUACAUUAUAUCUUUUAUAAAUAAUUAGAUAUUAUUAUUAUUAAAUUGGUGUAAGCUAUUUUGUGUACAAAUGGUGACCUAUGUAUUUAUUGCCUGAAGUUUAAUAUGUGCAUUAUUGUUAUGCCACAAACUAAAAACCUCAAACAGAAAUAAUUCUUUAAAUAUUUGUUAAAUAAGAAACAUUUUGAAUACAGCUAUGUGGGUGUGUACCAUCAUGUAAGUGAAGAAGACUGCUGUUUUCCUUUUUGUUUUCAGUCGCUUCUAGGAAACUUUGAAAGGAUUCAUAUGUAGCACUUAUGGCUUCCUAAAACUGUACUGAAGAACAAUAGGAUCAUUCUUCUAUUCAGAAAUUGUAAUAAUGUAUUGUAUGCAAGGGUACCAUGUCCUGUGUUCUCGUUCCUUCCUCCAAUAAAUUUUACCUACAGUACUUAAUUACUGCCCCCCCCCCUCUCUCUCUCUCUCUCUCUCUCUCUCUCUCUCUCUCUCUCUCUCUCUUUCUCUCUCUCUCUCUCCCUCCCCUUUGAGGUCCAUAGACAUAUGUAUGGUAAAGGCAUUGCACUUGUGAAUUGCACAUAUUCAACUGUAAUGAUCAUUGUAACAAAGAAGGGAGUAGAAAUAGCAUAAGUAUGUUCCCAAACAAUUACCACAAAUGUAAUAGCCUAUCUGACCCUGUCCCUCUGUGCUUACGAUCAGUGUCUAAUGACCUUGAUAUUAGAUUCUAAUUUCCUCUUCUCCUUUAGCUGUGUUUUCCAUAUCCAUAAUCAAGAGACUUCUGAAAGAUAGAUUGAAUACUGAUUUGAAUGUCCCGUGUAUUUUGGACCUGCUCUAGUUGUUCCUAUUUCAGUGCUUACAAGUAAUUACUCCCCUUUUGUUGUGAAUGUUAUAAUGUUUAUUUUAUUAUUAUUAUUAUUAUUAUUAUUAUUAUUUUUUGCUUUUAUUUUGAUUAGAAAUAUAUGUUUGCUUAACUCUUGAGGUUUAUAAAUAUAUUGUUUAAGGUGAAUUUACAUUUAUUAAACUUCGCAAUGUUGUAUUGGAGAUUCAACUGUUAGUAUCGUAUUAAUGCAUAAGAUCAGCAGUACUUUGCUUGGAUUAAUCUGGUGACCAUUCUGAAUAGAUAUACACAACUGACUGAACCCAAGGCAGUAUUUAUAGAUCUCUGCUCUGCAUACAGGAGUUAAGUCCGUAGAUCUGUAUUUGUAACUGAUUGGGCAUUUUAUCGUGAAAUAUCUAUAAAUUUUGCAUUAUUUACUGUAAUUCUACAAUUAAUUUCAGCUGUAUUGACAUAAAUUAAUGAUAUGAAAAGAUAAAAAUGCUAGUAGAAAAGUUUACUUUUUUAAAACACUUAGAAAUUCCUGCUACAUCCUAUUACAUAUAUCAUAUUAAUGGUUGUUAAUUUCCUGUCUUUUACACUACUACAUGGCUUUAAUUUUGGCAUAUUGCAAAUAAAUAAGAAUAUAUUUAUGGA